UGCCGAGCGGCUCCGCGGCGGCGGCUCCCGCUUCCGGGCGGCGGGGCUUCCGGUGCCUGCUGAGGCGAUGGCGGCGGGCGGCAGCGACCCGCGGGCGGCCGACGUGGAGGAGGACGCUUCGCAGCUCGUCUUCCCCAAAGAAUUUGAAACUGCAGAAACUCUUCUAAAUUCAGAAGUACAUAUGCUUCUUGAGCAUCGUAAGCAGCAGAAUGAGAGUGCAGAAGAUGAGCAGGAGCUGUCAGAAGUCUUCAUGAAAACCUUGAACUACACAGCGCGCUUCAGCCGCUUCAAAAACCGUGAAACCAUUGCUAGUGUCCGUAGUUUGCUGCUCCAGAAAAAACUCCAUAAAUUUGAACUGGCGUGUUUGGCUAACUUGUGUCCUGAGACAGCUGAGGAGGCGAAAGCUUUGAUUCCUAGCCUGGAGGGCCGAUUUGAAGAUGAGGAAUUACAGCAGAUUCUUGAUGACAUUCAGACUAAACGCAGCUUCCAGUAUUAAGGUUAACCCUCAAGCCCUUUAUCUGAACAGAAAAACCUGGGAACUUGGACUGUUUCUCAGCUCUCUGGACCAUCCAGCUCCUGGCUGAGUAAGGGGAGUUGUGGAUACAGGGUACUCUGGUGCUGUGUCACCCACGGCUGCAUUCAGACUGGAGAUCAGUGUAGUCCUUUUGGUUUGUUCCACGUGUAUGUUGGUAAGGAUGCCUGUAUUGUGAGAGCCAAAGGACCUGAAAAGCCUUUCCCAGUGGCUCAAGUAUUUGUUUCUUCCAAAUCCCUCUCCCUGAUUUGGGAAUUUUCAACAUAUUUCUGGUUUUUAGCAGAAAUAUAGGUGUGAAUUCUUUCUUUUUUGUGAACUUCUAAAAGGGGUGGAGAAACUUGUUCUUGACUCUUGGAAGGUUUAGUGACGGGCAGCAUCAAUUUCUGUGGUGUUUUUUUUGGGGGGCUUGUGUUUGUUUUUGUUUUUUUUACUGUAUGAUCAGGACAGUGGAUUUUUACAGCUUCAAUAAUUUUCUAUUAUUGUUUAGUGUCAAUUAAAAUAUAUUUCUAAUUAA